AUGUUUCCCAAUAUUCUAGUGAAAGCUGUCGCUGGCUCUAUGGCCAUUAAUGUUGCUUCUGCACACAUGGAGCUGAAUUGGCCGUACCCUCUGCGCAGCAAAUUUGACCCCAACACUCCCCAAGACUUGAUCGACUAUUCCAUGACAUCCCCGCUGAGCAUGGACGGCUCCAACUUCCCUUGCAAAGGUUACAACACCAACACUCCCUGGCGUUCCACAGUUGAAUGGUCUGCUGGCCAGCAAUACAACAUCAGUCUCGCUGGCUCCGCCACUCACGGUGGUGGAUCAUGCCAGCUGUCGCUGAGUUACGACAAUGGGACCUCUUUCCACGUAAUCAAGUCAGUGGAAGGCGGCUGCCCACUGCAGUCCACCUACGAUUUCACCAUGCCCGAGGAUGUAGCCAACGGUGACGCGCUGUUUGCCUGGACCUGGUUUAACCUCCAGGGUAACCGCGAAAUGUACAUGAACUGCGUCGACAUCACCCUCUCCGGCGGCUCGGGCUCAGCUGACGCAUUCGAGUCUGCUUACCCGGCUAUUUUUGUUGCGAAUGUUGGCAAUGGUUGCACGACCGUGGAGCAACAAGAGACUGUUUUUGCGAAUCCUGGUGAGCAGGUCGUGUAUGGUGGAACUGUGACGAGUUCUAGCCCUGUCGCCCCAGUUUGCUAG